AUGCUUUGGGGGAUGGCAGCUGCCACCUCGAGUCCAUACCUAGCCAGCAGCAGGAUUUUAUCCGGCCCGGUCCUUCACUCUGAUCGGAGGGGUGGCAUGCAGCCGGGCGGCACAGCUGUAACCACGGUGUCUAGUGGAUACAGAGGGGACCCUUCAGCAAAGAUGGUGCAGAGUGACUUCAUGCAGGGAACCAUGGUGGCGAGCAACGGGGGCCAUAUGUUAAGCCAUGCCCACCAGUGGGUGACAUCGUUGCCUCACGCAGCAGCCGCAGCAGCCGCGGCCGCGGUGGCAGCAGUCGAGGCCGGCUCUUCGUGGCCCCCCAGCUCCCAGCCGCAAGACGUGAAGAGAAACGCCGGCAGGGAGGACCUCCACUCAGGUUCCGCUCUGCACCACAGGUCCCCACAUCUGGGACCCCAUCAGGCGCACACGGGAAAUUGGGGAGGCUCCUCCGCAGCGCACAUCAGCAUCACCGAGGGGCAGCAGCAGCAGCAGCAGUCCCUCAUUUAUUCCCAGACCGGAGGGUUUACAGUCAACGGGAUGCUAAGCUCGCACGCGGGGCAGAGCCUUAUGCACCCGGGGCUGGUGCGAGGGGAGUCCCCGGAGCUGGACCACAGCAGCCACCAUCAUCACCAUCACCACCACCAUAACCACCACACGCAGCAUCACCAGAAUCACGGGGUGAGCCACGAACCGCAUUCAGACGAGGACACCCCGACGUCUGAUGACUUAGAGCAUUUCGCCAAACAGUUCAAACAGCGGCGGAUCAAGCUGGGUUUCACCCAGGCAGACGUGGGCUUAGCUUUGGGCACCCUAUACGGCAAUGUGUUCUCACAAACCACCAUCUGCAGGUUUGAAGCGCUCCAGCUCAGCUUUAAGAACAUGUGCAAGCUGAAGCCUCUGCUGAACAAAUGGCUGGAGGAGGCCGAUUCCACGACCGGGAGCCCGACCAGCAUCGAUAAAAUCGCCACCCAGGGCAGGAAGAGGAAAAAGCGCACAUCCAUCGAAGUGAGCGUAAAAGGCGCGUUGGAGAGCCACUUCCUCAAGUGUCCCAAACCAUCCGCGCAGGAGAUCAACUCUCUGGCGGACACUCUGCAGUUGGAGAAGGAGGUGGUCAGAGUCUGGUUCUGCAACCGCAGGCAGAAAGAGAAGCGCAUGACGCCGCCUGGACUGCCGCGCACCCCAGAGGACGCAUAUUCACAGGUGGGCAGCAUGGGUCCUGACACACCGUCACCCUCCAUUGACUGCAAGAGGAUGUACAGCGACACGUGAAAUAACUUGCUACAGAAUGCCGGACAAGAAAUCUGAAGAACGCGCGAAAGAAAGUGUUUGAAAACACGUUUAGAGAAAAUAUUUCAUGUUUCCCUAAAUGAUAGGAUUGAUCAACUUUUCUUACAGAUCCCCAUGUCCUUUGAUCCACAACAAUAAUGUUUUCCAGUGUGUGUUCAUUUCAGAGCAGGACAACUGUCUACUUUUAUGCAUCAUCGGAAUCAGCCUUUGGGACAGAAAAUAAAAAGCGUAAAUAAAAUCUGAACAGAAAAUAAUUCAUCGUCUAUUAAAGGCAAU